AUGGAGUCGAGUUCAGAUACAACCGAAGUCACAGGAGUCACAUCGACGACCAGUACGCUUGGAGGUGAUGGCGGUGGAACAGCUGCAGCUAGUGGUGCGAUGACCGGUCCAACCAUUGACCUAAUUCCACAUCGUGUCCCAGACAGUCCUGGGUCACGUUCCAAUUAUGGCGAAUUCUAUUGUUGCUAUUUCUAUUUCCGGGAUGAAUACAGGGACACGAAUGGUGAGAGUGGCUACCAUGGUGGUAAUGGUCUAGGUGCUGCUGGUGGCCCAAUGUAUGACAGUGAUCUCCUUUUACUCGACCCAAAUGAUACAACAUCAUCCACACUACAUCAUCAUAACAUCUAUCGAUCUGGUGCUGCUGCUGCUGCUGCUGGUGCAGUGGGGGGUGCGGCCAGGUUCGGUGCAGGUUCAUCGUCCGCAGCACGUCUCGAUCGUACUCAGGAGGACUUGAGCAAGUACAAGCAACGCAUCGAUGCCAACGUCGAACAGCAAAAGGAAUACUCCGACAUGAUGGCCGGUUUACAACAAAAGGUACAAGAAUACAGACGUCAUAUUGCGGAACUAGAAGGUAAACUGUUAUCGCGUCGUGGUGCUACUGUUGAAGAUCCGUCAACAUUCACCAUCAUCGAUUCAAGCGUUUUCCCGGAAUACGGUAAAUACGCUAAAGAUGACAUGGCGUGGAGUCCGAAAAGACGUUAUGCAGCUGAUGAUAUGCAAAUGCUCAACGAUUAUCAGUUCGUGACACGCCUGGACGAGGAAAGACGCAGGAAUGAAGACUUCCGUAUACAACUAGAACAAGAACGUAUACAAAACGAUCAACUACAACACGAGAUCGAGCGUAUUCGUCAGCAGUUCGAGUCGAAUAUUCGUGAAAAGGAACGAAUCUACCACAAUCGCGAACGGAAUCUAUCGCAAUAUUUGAGCGAAGAGCAGAAGAAGAUGAUGGAUCUAUGGACAGAGCUGCAAAGAGUGCGUAAACAGUUUGCCGAUCUCAAGGAUCGAACGGUCACGGAUCUCGAGAAUCAACGUAAUGAGUUCAUUAAAGUGGUGCGCAGUAUCGGCGGUGUCACUAAACAACUCAAUCUUAGUGGUGUUGAGGGUGCUCAUGCGGGUGGUAUUCAACCAAUACUAGUGGAUAUGCCUGGUGGUGGAUUACCUCAAGUGUCAUCUGCGAGUACAACCAUCAAUCACGACACACUUCUCUACGAGACCAUCAAACGACUACGUGACGCACAACAACAGCAACAACAACCCUCAGCCGCCGGCACAACGCAACUCAUCAACGAACUCAAAUUAGGCACCACUGCAGCUGGCACUACACCGGCAGCCGAUGCCGAUAUCAAUGCUGAACUCAUGACUAAAUAUGAGGAGAGCAUCGAAAGAAAUAUUGAACUCGAGUCCAAAGGUGAUGAAGCACAGCGUAAAAUUGCUACUUUGGAAGCCGAAUUACGACGUACCAAGGAACGUCUCACAGAUAAUCAAGCAGCACUCAGAAAGCUUCACGAGCUCGCACAAGACGCAGAACGCAGUCCAGAGGCGCACAAGAGAACACGUUCCCUCUCACCAGGUAGCACUCCCCUACCCCCAUCUGAAGCACUCCGCAGUGUCCGCAAUAUUCUACGCAAUCGCGAUAAUGAAAUUCAACAAUUGGAACGUAAACUCAAGAUUGCUGAGAGUCAAGUGAACGACUUCAUGAGUAAAUUCGAGUCUGCCGAAGAGGCUCGCCGCUUACUUGGCAAACAGCUAAAUGAUGCGAAACGCGAUAUCACGAAUCACACCAAGGCAGCCGAAGACGCCCAAAGACAAGCCAGACGUCUUGAAGACAGACUCAGGGCGGCUGAAACCGAGAAGGCGGCAGCUGAAAAGGCCCGAAAAUAUCUCGAAGAGGAACUCAGUAAAUUGCAGCAACAAUUCCAAAAAUCUUCCACUGAUGGUGAACGCAAAGCUCGUGAAGAAGCUGUCGAGUUGAACCACACACUCGAGAAUGACUUCAAAAAUAGAAUCAACGAGCUAACACGUCGUAUCGAGACUCUACAACGUGAGAAUGCCAGAUUGAAAUCCGAAUGCCUAACUUCAAAGGAUAAAUACAAGGAUUUGGAGAAUGAAUACAAUAAUACGCUAAGAAAAAUUGAAGAUAGAGAUUCAUCAAUCAGGCAUUUCGAAGAGGUGAAACGACAGCUGAUCAAGGAAUUGGAUGAUCAACGAGCCAGAUUCGAUGCGCUCAAUACGGAUCACGAUCGUCUGCUCAAUGAAUUCGAGAACACCAAUAAAACUUCCAUUACUAAUGAGCAAGCCUUGAGGGAAUUGAAAACACAACGUGAUGAAUUCAGCAAGCAAAAGGAUGAACUGUCCCGUCAGCUAUUCGAUAUCAAACAUCGAAUGGAAAACGAACGCGUUGCACGCGAGGAUGCUGAUAAGCAAAAACAACGUCAAACGGAUGAAAUCGAGAAACUCAAGCAACAAAUCACUGAAUAUGAACGUCAAGUGAUCAUGAUCAGACACCACAACGAUGAGCUCGACACGCAGGUGAAGAGUGCACAAGCCAAGAUCACUGGUAUCGACAACGACCUGGUCACCAAUCAGAAAGAAAUCGAAAAACUCAACGAACUUAACGCUCGUCUUCAACGUGAAAAACAAGAUUUAUUGAAUCUCAAGCACAAAGCCGAUGGAGACGUGAAUGCGCUCAAGGAGCAACUUCGUAAGCUCGAACAAGAGGUUGAGAAGUUGAAAAACGAGAACAAAAUGUUGGAAACUAAAGAGCAACGCACUAGUGACGUCCUUCAACAACAGACCAGCCGAGCCAACAUCCUACAAAAGGAGCUCGAAGAGGCUAAAGAUGAACUGGAUCAACUUAAAAGUAACCAACCAAUCACUCAUCAUCUCAUUUCUCACAUAACAACCAUAAUUAAUUAA